AUGGAUGGCCAUAUGGAUGAACAAGAAUUCUCGUUCUCAUUCACCACCAUUGAGGACUCCUCUCAGACUUCCUCAGACCAAUUUCUCACAACCAUAUUCUCGAAUGAGUUUGUUGAAUAUUCCAUGUCAGGUGAUGAAUUGCGAUUCACAUCACCGAUGGAGAAUAUUGCAGAUGAUAUGGAGGGAAUUGAGUCUAUUUUGGAUAGUGAGCUCGAGGAUAUGUGCAGAUGGUUGACUGAAUGUGAGGGUGAGGGAAGUUUUGCUUCACAACCCCUGUUUGUGGAAGGGGAGGAUGUCUGGAGUCCUAGCCAGUCAACGAAAUCCAGUGAGGCUUCGAUGGUCAUGCCAUCAGUACUAACCAGUCUAACCUUGCCAGGACAUGACAUUGAAAUAGACAGCCAAUUGAGCAUCCAACAUCUACUCAAGGCUUACGGAGAAGCCAUGGAGAUGGAACACAAAGAGCUUGCAGAGGUGAUUGUGAAAAGCAUAAUCGAGAAAGUCAGUCCAGUUGGUGAAACGCUGGAACGACUUGCAUUCAACUUAUUCAAAUAUGGGGGGCAGCAAGGACAGUAUCUAAAACAAGAGUCGAGCAAGAACUUGAAGACAGCAUUCAAGGCAUUCUACCAAAACUUCCCAUAUGGGAGGUUUGCUCACUUCACAGCCAACUUGGCUAUCCUUGAGGCUAUGCCAGCCAAUGCAGAGACAGUACAUAUAGUAGACUUCCACACAAGGGAGGGGGUUCAAUGGGCACCAAUGAUUGAGGCUGUUGCCCAGCUACGAAAGGCAUUAAGAAUAACAUUAAUAAAAUCAGGCGAGGACUGUGGCACUGAUUCCUCAAACUGGAGGUUCGAGGAAACACAGAGGAGACUCUGUGACCAUGCACGAUCAUGUGGCCUAAACUUGAAGGUGGAAGAGGUGAGAAUCAAGGAUUUAGCGACUGACAUUAAAAAAAUGAAGAAGAUUGGUGAAGGGAGAGAAUGGCUAGCCUUUAAUUGCAUGCAGGGGCUUCCACACAUGGGGGAGCGAAGGAGUAGAAGCCAUGUCAUAGAGUUUCUAAGGGUGGCUAAAGAAUUGUUAGCCGAUUCUGCAACUUAUGAAGGAAUCAUAACCAUUGGUGAUGGGGAUGCAGGGGAGAGAUUGAAAAGUUGCAUUGGAUAUGGUCUGUUCUUUGAAGGGUAUUUAAAUCAUUAUCAAGCCCUAUGUGAAUCAAUGGAAUGGAACUUUCCAGUUUAUCUUGCAGAAGCACGAAUCGCCAUGGAGAGUCUCUUUGUCGCACCUUUUGUCUCUUCUAUGUCUUGGCUUCAAAAGUGGGAGGAGGUAAGAGAAGGUUCCGAUCUUCAUGCAGGGAUAGGGUUGAAGGGUCUGAGACUAACCAAAGAGAAUUUAGUGGAAGCCAAAGAAAUGGUCAAAGAGGGGGAGAGUUCAUAUGCAGUCAAGAUCGAAGGACAAAACAAGAAUGAGAUGGUCUUGGAAUGGAGAGGAACUCCAUUAGUGAGGGUUUCUACUUGGAGAUGA